CGGCUACCAACAUGAACCGCCUCGUCCACCACUAGCUACUGCACAAGAGCUGAGUAGAUUUAUUAUAGCCACAAUACACGUUUAGCACCCAACGUCUCUCGCACGAGACGCAGCUGUACCGACACCACCAGGCUUUUGCAGCUUCCGAUUGCGCACUGCCAGCUGUCUUUUCAUGCCCGCACGCUACGAGCACCUCUUCACCGCGCCCUAGGCACCUCCCAUAGCCUCUGCCCGCGACCAUGGCUGUCAACGAACGAAUAUCACAGCUCAUGGGCGCCCUCAACUCCGCUGCCGGCCCCGAUACGUCUCGUGCGACCUCACCCGGGGGCGAUUGGCGGCAGGCCAACGGCGGCGUCAACGGCGCCGACGAGAGGAGUCGCCCGCGCACCUUUCCGUACUUCGAGUACCUGCCGUAUGAGACCGAAGACCAGAGCGACCGCGACGACAGCCUAAACACUUGCCUGAAGCAUCUCUACAUUGCCGUGUCAGCGGGGGAUUUCGCGCCGGGCGCAGUCCACUGGACGCGCGAGAUCCGGGGAUGGCUGUCGCUCAAGUUCGAUCUGCCCCGCAGCACGAGGGUGAAGCUCGUGAAUCUCUACUAUGAGCUGGCGCUGGCCCCGGGGCUCGACUACCUGGUGGCGGAGCGCUUCGCGAGCAUGUUCAUGGUCUUGACCAAGCGGAAACACUACCUCCGACCCGGCAAAGACCUGACGCUCGACUGGCGACCGCUGUAUAGAGAGCUGAAGCUGUUCGUUCUCCCUUCAGAGUCUGGAGGCUCACAUCCGCCAAAUGUGAAGCGCAAUAUUCGGACCCUCACCAAGAUGUGUACAUUCGCCCAGCUAUACUUUGACCCCAAGGAGAUACCUGCCAUAUUUGAAGAGCUUCUACCCUUCUUCAGCACCUCCUUUAGUGAAGGUGCCUUCGUUGUGGUGGGCUUGCUUAACUUGCUGCUCCCAACUCAUCCAGCGCCAGAAGACAUGCAGCAAUUGCUACCACAAGAGUAUCUGCCCACAUUCUUCCAUCUUUGGUCGCUUGUAAACCGGUCGCGGUUAUUCGAUGCACAUUAUAUUGAUACCCUAUCGCGGUUGGCCAGGGACAGCCUGGCCGCACAUCAUGUUCCAUUCUCACAGUAUGGUGUCUUCACUGGCGAGCAGUCUUCUCAGAUCUUCACUUCCAUCUUGAGAUUGCUUGAGAUUCCAGUGGGUCAAGCAACAUCGCCCUACAGCAGUACCGUCGAUCUUGGCGCUGGCCUCGCCGUAAUGCUCGACCGUGACCAGCGAAAGCAUCCGUCUACCCACCACAUUGCUCGCAUCAUUGGCAUGUCGCUUUCGCCAGCAUGCGUAGAGUAUGAAGACUCCAUCUUGAGCAAGCUGGAGGGCCUCAUCCAGGCUGUCGAGACCUUCUUCCAUCCUUCUAACUCCGGCAGCUGGACUCGGCCUCUGGCGCAGUUGGUAUACUACCUCGCAGACUUCUUCGUCCUGCGCUGGAAUCGAGAGCAUAGCGGAGAGAUGGAUAUACCAGAACACCGUCAGCUGAAUGAUGCAGUCAAGCGGCGCUUCGUGCUCUGCUUACGAGAGGUGACUUUUAUGGGUAUCUUCUCCAAGAGUGACAAAGCUGUACAAUAUGCCUUGUCCACCCUUCAGAGCUUGGCUUACUUGGAACCCAAUCUGAUCCUCCCCGGCGCAUUACAGAGGAUUUACCCUGCAAUGCAAGGGCUUGUUGAGGUACAUCGGACCAUCUCAUCCAUCCGCGCGUUGCACAUGCUUUCCAAGGUUAUGGCGAAAACCAAGGGCUUCCGGUGUCACGUUACGAGCGUACUCGGGCUUGCACUUCCUGGUAUCGAUGCCAACGACCUAGAGAAGACGUUGCACACGUUGCAAUAUGUUCAAGGCGUGUGCUACCUCGUCCCGUUUCAUGAUCUCACAAAGGCAAAGAAGGCUGCAGACGAGGAAACAUCCAGAGACGGAGCGAUCACGCCCAUGCCGGAUGGUGGCGGUGAUACAGGGCUUGCUGUGCAAUGGAUCACAGCACAGGUCGAACGGCUGGAGAGCGCCCGUGGUAACAUUGAGAUCGACUACGACCAAGAGCUGAGUGACGAGGAUGAGGCGAUGAUCCUGCGUUCUUCCACCACGGGGCUGAACGAGUUUCUGAUAUCGUUCCUCGGCCGUGUAUUUACGCUCUUGGAGAACCUGCCCGAUGCGUCGCGGGUCCGAAGUGGGUCUCCUGAAGAGUAUGUGGUAAAUCAUCUUCCGGCGGCUUUCACGCCAUUACUUGCCGCGCUUUCGCCUGAGCUAUAUGAUGUCGCGCUUGACAAGAUCGCAAACUUCAUCACGAAUCAUGUCAUUCACCAAGCUCGAGAUGCUAUCGCAUUCAUCUGCAACAGCCUUGUCAAGAUCAAUCCAGAGAAAGCCCUCAAGCGUCUGUUGCCACAUCUCUUCGCAGGUAUCCGCACGGAGAUAGAAGACAUUGGUGCUGGCUCAACUCGAACAACAGGCGCCGAGGUACUCCCUCGCGACCGCGCCUUGGUAUGGAAUCUUAGCAUUCUCAGCAUGUGUGUCGUCCAUGUCGGCGAUGCUGUCCUUGAAUGGAAAGAUGAGCUUUUCGAGAUUGCAGAGUUCAUGCAGCAGCGGUGUCGGGGCACUCCUACAGUCCAUGUGUCCAACUUCAUCCACCACCUGCUGCUCAAUCUCACAUGCACCUACACGGUCGACUAUUCGAUCUAUGAGGAAGAUGAGCUUGCAAAAGGACUGUCGACCGAAUCCUGGGGUAGGCAGAUUGAUGUCAAGAAGCUAGACAUCAGGUGGCAUUCUCCGAGCCCAGAGGAGAUUAACUUCGCUGUUAAGCUUUUCGAGACCCAUGCCAACAAUUCAAUGAAGGCACUCGUUGCGCUCACUCAACCCAACCCACCAAUCAAGCGCGAGGGCACAGGCAAAGACUGGUCAGAUGAGGUAUCUAGAAAUCUUGUCCUCCUACGGCUAAUCAUCUCUGGUAUCUCGGUCUUGUUCGAUGUCCGACAUGAUCAUGUCACUGAUGAUGACACGGAGUCGGACAGCAGCUCAGAUUCAGACGCCAUGGAUACAGAAGGGAUCGACGAUGAUGCUGGUCUGGGAGAGGCUGAAGACGAAGAAGUCAAGCCUACCUUUCAAUACGAGAGUGGUUACCCCUUGCAACGGGAUGAAGCCAAUUACAAGCUCAUCCACGACCUCCGUCACCGUGUUGGGGAAAUCCUGCAUGACGUGCAUCGCUUCUUGAUUGAGAAGCAGCCGGACGAUGUUCCUUGCUUCAACUCCCUAUACAAUGCUUACCGCUCGUGGUUCAUCGAUGUCGGCAUUGAACGCUCUGCUCAUGUACUUGAUAGGAUAUCCAGACUACUUGACAACGAUGAACAACCAUUCAGAUUCAGUGGUCUGCGAAAGCAAUACCCUCGGCCUCUGCUGGUCCGACGCGCCAAUGUUUACCAUCUACAGCGGCUGCGGCAUAACGCCAACCCACGGCCUCACACGGAACUCGACAAGCUGUUACUGCUUGACCUUGCGGAGUCAAGUAUUUCCCUAUAUACUGAGAUUCGCCGCACUGCUCAGACUGCCAACGAGUCGGCUGUAAAGUGCAUAUUGGGUGCUCGACCCCUGGUCAUUCCACCACUACUGGAUGCUUUUGUCAAGGCUGUGGCAGAGAGUGACUAUCCUCGUAUCAAGGGUGCCAUGUUCGCGCUCUUGUUCGGCAGCCUAGCCAAGACCAUCAGUCGUGACUGGAGAUUCACCCCCCGGUUGAUCAAAGCCUUUAUCGAGGUUACUGGUGCCGACAAACCUUCAGUACAGAAACUUGCGACCAAUGCCACAUUUCAAGUCAUGGACAUGGGCAAGGCAAUGGAACGCAUGGUCAUCCUCGAGCCAGAGGUCGUAAAGGCCAUUGCUUACGCGAUUGACUCUGGUGAGGAUGCAAGCGUGCAGUCCAAGGUCGUAAAGCGACGAGAAUUCAUUAAGAAGAAGCGAGCUCGUAUCGAAGGCAGGAAAGCAGAUCUUUCCAAAGAGCUGGUCGAGAUUGCCAACACUGAGCACUGGAAGAAGGUCAGCCGUACUGCUGCCAUUAUCGUCAACCUUGGUAUGCGCUAUGACACUAUUGCCUCCGACGAGAUGAUCGAUUUGGUCGCGAAGGGCUCCAUUGACCAACAUCCUAGCCUCCGAGGUCUGUAUGCUGGUGCUUUGAUUGGACUAUUCACUGUGAUACAAACUCGCGCUAUUACUGGUCACGACUACAAGCAGUAUCUGCUUGGUGAAGAAGAGCUACCAGACAAGAGGACCGUAAACACGAGACCCGAUAACCCAAACUGGACCGAAGAGUACCUGGAAUCGUUUGCGCAUCCGGAAGCGACGUACUACGUGGACUUUGACUACCCGGGUUGGCUCGUAUGGAACAAGACGAUGACAGUUUUCCUACCAAACGCACCCCAAGUCUCGUACGAUAAUGUCGAGGACGAUGUCCGCAAAAAGAUUGCGAACCAUCUCACACGUUCGUGGUUCUCAAACUACUUCGCAUUCAUGAAGCAGGAGCCCCGCGAUAAUACCGCCGACCGCUUCCGAAUGUCGAGCGCCAUGCUGUUGACGCACUCGUUUGACCUGGUUUUCUGUGGCUUGACAGAGGCUACUUUUGAGGAUAUCAAGGACCUCACUCAGUCUGUCUACGGCGAUGGCAGUGACAAACAUCAACACCGUGCAACCUCCGAGAUCAUGGCUGCAUUGAUCUCUUGCGCUCCUGACCUCAAACCUGAACAGCGACAAGAAGUUUGGGAAUAUGUAUUCCCGAUCGUUCGCGGCAUCUUCAAGGAUGGUCUGACGCCUGAGAAUUCUGGUUAUUGGACGACAUUCCUACACGUCGUCCUGCAGUCGAAGGACCCGAGGCGAGGUUGGCCUCUGGUUGACUGGCUGGCCAGCUUCCGUCUCGAUAUGGAUUCCAACGCCGCCUUCAAGGAGAGCUCCAAGGUCCAUCUGCUGACUCAGUGUAUCUGUGACGCGGGCUGGCAUUUCCGCCUCGAGAAGCCUAUACUAGAAGACUUCUUGAACCACCUCGACCAUCCGUAUAAGGGCGUACGUGAAGCGAUGGGUCAAACCAUUGCAAGCAUUCACCGAACACGUUACCAUGAAUCGUACAAAGACGUGGGCACACUCAUCAAGGCGCAGAAAGAGUCGUCAUCGAUCGGUGUUCGCCCAUACCAGCCAACAGAAGAGUUCUCUAAUAUGAUCACAGGUGUCUUCGAUCGCCUCGAGGCCUGGCGCCUUCAACGCCCCGCUGGUCAACAGACGCCUUCGUCAUACACGUCUGGUGGCAAAACAGUACUCCUUUGGCUCGACUCCACCCUCUCCUCCUACGAAUGCACAUCACUUGUCAAGUUCUUCCCGAAUAUCUUCAUGGAACAACUCCUUCACAUGAUGGACAUCAAAGAAGACCCCGAGCUCCAAUCCCUUGCCUACCACGUCUUCCGACAUCUCCCCAACAUCCCACAUCGUGAGGGCGAAGACUCUGAGUUCAUCGCCGCGCUCAUCCGCAUUGGUCGCAAUGCCACGAGCUGGCACCAGCGUCUUAGGAUCCUUAUCAACAUCCAGGUCAUUUACUUCCGCCGCCUGUUUCUCAUGAGCGAAGAGCAGCAGCAAAGCAUGUUCGACUGCGUGUCUGCUAUGCUCUCAGAUGUUCAACUCGAGGUCCGCAUGGGUGCUGCUACAACCCUAUCUGGUAUGAUCCGCUGCUCGCCCAUCGCCUUACGUGAUCGCCAGGUCUCGACACUGAAGGAAAAGUUCACAAAACAACUCAACAAGAACCCAUUGCCCAAGAAGCGGAUCCCAGGUACACCAACCCCGGAACAGAGUAAGCUCGUGUUAACGCGACAUGCUGCUGUGUUGGGCCUGGGAUCUCUUAUCCAAGCGUUCCCGUACCAGAGCCCGCCGCCGACCUGGCUACCAGAUGUACUCGCUACAUUGGCGAGAAAAGCGGCAAACGAUCCGGGAAUGGUGGGCAAAAGUGUUAAGAGCGUACUUGCGGAUUUCAAGAAAACGAGGCAGGAUACUUGGCACGUUGAUGUAAAGGCUUUCGAGCAAGAACAGCUAGAGGAUCUAGAGGGCGUGCUCUGGAAGAGCUACUUCGCUUGAAUGGCGGAUCUCAAUGAUAGGCACAAGGAGGGUAUGAACUAAACGAGUGAGCCUAAGAGUUGUAUUAUAUGCCGGCGGCGAACGGAAUGGCACGGUAUGCAUGUUAAGGCGGGGGUCCUCCGGAUUAUUGAUGAAUCUAGAAUCACGAAUGGGGCCUGCAUGAACGGCGCGUAGCAGGAUGAAGAUAUCAUCUUUCUAGACAGAAAAAAAUCUGAUUUCGUGCUUACUCAAU